AUCGUUGUUGAUUGUGCACUUACACCAUGGUGACCAUCAAAACUGGGUUUAGUACCACCCGCUACAGCAAGGAGCAAGAAGAGAGAGUUGUUGCCCUUCUGCGUGAAAGGAAGGAGAAGAUGGAGAAAAGAGAGUUAAUCAAGCAGGCCAAGAUGUUGGCCCUGCCGGAGGCGCAAGAGGCAAAGAAGAAGCAGAUGGAGGAGGAGCUGAAGAGGGAGCAGGAGGAGAAGAUGGCGGCUAUACGAGAGGAGGUGGAGAAAAACGAAGAAGAAGGGGAAGAGAUAGUAGAGGAAGAAGAGUCGUUGGAGAGAAGGAGAGGGGAAGCUAGCACAAGCAAAGAAAUCGAGAUUGCAAGGAUUGCACAAGAGUGGGCCGCACAUUUGGAGUUGGGGAAAGACAGGGAGGUCGAGAUGGCCAUACCCCAAGAAGAGAGAGAAGCAGCAAGGAGGCAAAUUGAGGCAGAAAGAGACCCGGUGAGGAGAAAGGCGAAAGAGGAAGAACAACAAAUAGCAUGGAGAUACCGGCUGUCCCAAGAGAGGGUAAGACGAUUGGAAGUGGCGGACAGGGCAGAGAAGGACCUGAAAGCGGCAGAGACCAGGCUGGGGAAGAGACGGAGAUAGCCACUAAACUCAAUACCCUUACCCAAAGCGUAGAGUCUUUACUAACUGCACAUCAUGAACAAGCGCAAUACAUCUGCAGCUUAGAAGUA